AUGUCGGACAAUGUGCGUUUACAAGCGUGGCAGCUUCAGAACUUGCUGCAAGCUUUUGUUCAGAAUGCUACAUCGCAUCCUUUGGCACACAUUGAGCGAUCCAUACAGAAAUCACGGGAGCUGAUUGAAGUUUUGCGGCAUGAUUUGAACUUGGAUGCCUUCAAGCGUCGUAAGUUGAGAAGUUCGCUGACUGUGCGACAAUUUCAGUCUCGUUGCGCAAAGCUGCGGCACAAGUGCAAGAAGCUGCAAGCUGAAGUAGAUUUGAUCAAAGGUGAAAAACUAGCUGGGCGAGUGCAGCAUGUAUGGUGUAUUAGGGCUGGACUGGCUCCACCCAAUAUCCCCCCACAGUCCCUCAGUGAGUUGUGCAAAGACUUUGGGGUUGAGGAAGCUAAGGUUCUGUCCAGAACGUACAUCACCCAAGUGAGGGAUGCCUUCACAGAGAUAAUCAAGAGAGGUAAUGUUGCAGAGUUGACCUUUGAGGCUUCAACAAUUUGGCAGAGUCAAUCAGGAAAAGCGCCGGCCAUCAUUGUUUCUCAUCUGCAUGAUGAAGCCUCCCUGAAGCUUCGCUCUUUUGACUCGGAGCUGGUGGGUCGGACUCUGAGAGCGAGGUACUCCAAGGUCCAGAACGAGGUUGUGCGUGUGAAGUUUCCCAGUGGAAAGACCAUAGAAUAUUUCACAGAAUUACAACCUUUGCUGAAAAAAGACUCUGAUACUAUAGGGCAGGCUAUAGUAAACACUGCCAAGAACGUGAUAGUGUCACUGCUUGACCAGCCUGCGACAAGGCCUCCGCAACCUCUGAGAUUGAUUUACAUUUUGACUGGGGACGGGAUAAAUACAAAUUUGGCCUCAGCCAAGAAGAUGUUCUCCUUCUUUGCGCAAAAUGCAUCCUACCACGGCACACGAGUUGAUUUGCGACUGUGGUGUGUCCGGUGUGCAUCGCACGUGGCUAACCUGGUGGUCUUAGUUGCAUUAGUUGGCGAGAUAAUUUCUGCUCCAGUGGACAAUUCCGAUCUAUGUGCUGCACUUGUCCGGUGGUACAAGUAUAUAGUCCCACAAUAUGUGGAAGAACUGAACUCGUCUUUGCGCUCUUUCUUGUUGAGCAACUUUCGUGUACUGGUGGGCGACCCAAACGAUUGCAACUUGCAUGAGCCGAAUCUACGGCAGAAAUCUUUGGAUCUACAACGACUGUAUGGACGGGACACACUUCCGGAUGAGUUGCUGCAGCUUUUCAAUCGAGGUCUUGGUGUGUGGGCGCAUGUUUCGAGGAAUGUGGGGGAGGAGCAUUCCUGUUUACAAGAAGCAUUUCGGCUACUUUCGCAUUUGGUGCUUUUCUUGCAGGAGAGACCGCAACCGACGCGGUUCUGGCACUUUGCGGCAUGUGCUCGAGCACUUCUCCGCAUGCGGAUGAUUGGGAUUACUAAAGAGGUGCUGCAAGUUACAACAACCAGACCUUCCGCUGAGAACGCGGAUCGCCUGACUAAGUUUUGGGCUUUCUACGACACACCUGCUGCAGAUUUGAAACUUCGUACAGCUGUACUGUGCUUGUCCUUGACUGAACAUGCCUUGAGUAUAUCCUCUUCCAAGACGACUGACCGCACGUCUGCGCCAACACUGGUGCGCCUUGCACAGGGGGAAGUACAGGACAAGACGCUGCUGCAGUUGAAUGACCUUCUUGGGCUCUUGAGACUGGACGAGUCGCUGGACCUUCUUGAAACCACAACUGCCUUGCUGGCAAUUGCAGUUCUGAGUCAUCUUUCCUUGCCGGACAAGGGUGAGUUGGAGCAGAGACUGCGCUUCUUAGAUCUGGCCUCGUGGGCCCGGCUUCGCAAGAGCAAUUUCUUCUUGAGUUUCCAGACUUCUUUGGCCAAAGAAGAGUUGACAGUUGCUCGCGGAGAUUUUUCCAGUCCUGAUGAGAAGCGUUUGCUCGCUGUCAAGGCCUUGCUUGACAAUGAGCAUUUGGAGAAGGGCGAGAAAGAUGAGCUGCAGAUCGCCCAAGCUGCUUUUGGCAGCGUGCCCAUGUCACAGAAAGUUCUUUACAUGCUGCAAGAUUCCAACCGCCUAGAAUCUUUGCAGAGAUGGUUCCCGGAGAACGUGCUGGCUUCUCCGCCGAAGCAGCUCGGCGCAUGGGUGCUCCUGGCCCUCCGGAUGUUUAUGGACAAGAGCACGGUCUGGAAAGAAAUUCCAGUGAACCAGCUUUUGCAUGGUGCUGCCUUGGUACGCCGUGACCCAGAAGCCUUGAAGCAUGUCUCGAACAGCGUUGCCAAGUCGUUGUUGCAUCAGUAUGAGAAGCUGAUGGCGAUCGGCGCCAGUGAGCCCCUUCUUUCGGCCCUUGCCAAGCGUAUCUUUGUCGAUUUGAGUUCAUUGAAACUAGGCGUGGACAUCACAGGUUACACCGAGAUCUCUUAUGAUGAUUUCAAAGAAGAGCAUUCGGAUUCCCUGCAGAAGUUGGCCGCCUCUAUCCCACCGAAGGACUUGGACCGAGAGAUCCCUUCCUUGCAGUUCUUGUCGAAGUACAAGCCGGCGUCUGACAACUCCACGCCGCCCAGUGCAAAAGACGCCUUGGCAAAGAAAGAGGAUAAGGAGACA